AUGUCUAACCUACUAAAUAAAUUCGCUGAUAAACUACAAGGGAAGAACGAGGAGGAUCAGAGUGAGCAACAAUAUCAACAAGGUUCUCAACGCCAACAAGGUUCCCAACGCCAGCAAGGUUCUCAACGCACAGAGCAACCCCAAUACGGUCUGGGCCACCAAGGUAGCCAAAUGAGAGGUACAAACCAGAACGAGUACGACUAUGAUCCAAACGAUUUCUCCGGCGGCUCCGGCGGCCGCUCGGGACUAGGAAGCAACCAGGACACCUCCGGCGGUGGUGGACGUAACUUCCAAGGCUCGGAAAACUUGCAAGGACAGCAACUACACGGUGCUGGUGAUAGUAGUUUCAAGUCACAGAUGCCUCGUGACUACGAAGAAGGCGAAGGCGACUGGGGUCCAUCCUCUAUUGACCAAGGGGAUUCUAUGGCAUCGGGAAACACCUCCGGCAGGACAACUAGGAGCCAAGGUCAAUCCCAACGUGGGGGCAAUCAAGGACAUAACAGAUACCAAUUCGAUGAUCAACAGUGA